AUCAUUGUGAACAUCCAACUCUCUCUCUUUUCUAUAUUUUAUUAAAUUUUGUUUCUUCUUCCUUCUUCUUCAUUUUCUUGUCUGUUAUUUCAAAAAGUGGCUAUUGGGUUUAAAGAAAGAUCAAAUCUUUAUUAGUUAGAAGUCUUCAAUUGUCCCAUAAAUCUAAAAUUUGAUGCAUUAUAAUAGUAAUCAAUUGGACACCACCACCACCACCACCACCACCAUCAUCAUCAUCACUACUAACAAGAAGAGUGUGAGUAUGGAUUUUCAGAAAUUUGUCAUCAACAAUAAUAAUAAUUCAUCUGGGUUUUGUUUUUCUGCUGCAAAUUCAUCAUCUUUACACUCCUUGUCUUGUGGAAGUCAAUUUCCAGUCCCCACUUCCAUGGAAUCUCACAUUAUUUGAUUGAAGCAAUUACCAAUCUCUUUUCUUUUUUUAUACAUUCUUCCUCUUUCUUUUAAAGAAAAAAAUGGUGCCUGCAUCACUCAUUUCUUUGUGUAAUCCUUUAAUGGUUCCUUGUACUACUACUUCAAAGAGAAGUAUGUCAGCAAUUCACUUUGAUCAUACACCCUUAAGGUAUGAUCAUGAUCAACCUUGGAUGUGGAUGAGAAGAAGGACACUAUUUCCAUGGACUACUAGGAAUGUGGAUGUGAAAACUGCUAUUCUUUCAGUUUCAGCUUCAGCUUCCCCUCUUUGUACCAGUCAGAUGACCGUCGACUCACCCCGUCUCAAUGUUUAUAAGGAGGUUGUCAAGUCUGCGAGGAAAAGUUUCACCCGUGAAAUCUCCUUUCAAUCUAAAGAUAAGGACAUCUCUCUUGCAAAGGCUUUGCUGUACAUUGCAGCCGAAGAUGAAGCAUUUAUUGCUUUCAAUAAAGAGAUUGAUGCUCGUUCCCUCCUAAAUGAAAGGAGAACUGCUUCAAUCUCAUUGGACAACCAAGAGUGGGAUUGCGUGGACCAAAUGCCUUUGGCUGGAAAGAACAUAACUGAGUGGCUUACCGAGCUGGACAACAUAGCCAGAGAAGUUGAAGCAGAGCUAGUUUCAAGAGAUAUAGGAUGCCAUUUGUCUGAAGUUCUGGAUGCCAUAAAUGUAGUUCUUUUUGAGUUAAGAGGCUUUAAAAGGUCACCGGUUGUUGUAGAUUCAAAAUAUUCAUACUUGCAUUCUGUUCUCAGCACUGGAUGCGGCAGUGCAAUUUUGCUUAGCAUAGUUUACAUUGAAGUUUGUAAACGACUCAGUCUAACCAUUGUGGGAUCUCGGGUUGGGGAAGAUUUUUUGAUAUGGCCCCAAACGGGGAACCUAGAGGAGCUCUUCAAGGUGACUUCAGGGCACAGUUUAUUUGCAAUUGUUAAUGGAAGGUGUGUGGAAGACCCUAGAUCAAAGGCUUCAGAUUUGACUAGCAAUUCACUCUCAGCGCUUGAGAUAGCUUCAAAGAGAGACAUUAUCGGGAUUUCUCUAGCCAAUUUGAUUAGGCUUCACUGGAAACGUGCUUCAAGAUCGAAUCACGGAUUGAUGUUGACUUCUCCUCUGAGGCAUGUUCAUGUUGCUGAUGAGAAGCAUAACAUGAUUCAUAACUCAAAUAUUCCUUUGCUUCGCCCGCGAGAUCUGAGGCUGGCGAUCAUGGCUUCAGAAAGAUUGCUGAUUCUGCAGCCACAUAAUUGGGCAUUGAGGAGAGACCAUGGGAUGAUGCUGUACUAUAACAGGGAAUACGGAAAGGCGGUGCAAGAGCUGAGCAUAUGUAUGGCGUUUGCCCCAGAAGAAGAGGCGGAGGUUUUGGAGCCAUUCGUUGAGAAACUGCAUUUGUUGCGCCUUGAAUCUUCCUGGAACUCAUUGGGUCAUGUCACUCACCUUUCAGUUCCUUGACCUUUUCCUUUACUUGUAAAUAUUUCAAUGUGCCCUUGCUUUUAUUCUAAAUUACUGGCAGCACUACAAAUGUUAAUAUAUGCAAGUUUUAGUUGGAUA